CCUAUAUACUUUUUCCUUAGCCACUUAGCUUUUGCUGACAUAUGUAUUUCAUCAUCAGUGGCCCCCAAGAUGCUUGUUGGUCUCUUUGUGGGGAGAACAAACAUUUCAUACAUCGUUUGUGCUGCCCAGUUAACUUCCAUUGUGACUUUUGGCACUGUGGAGUGCCUCCUCCUGGCUGCAAUGGCAUAUGAUCGUUAUGUAGCCAUCUGUAACCCCCUGCUCUAUAAGGUCAUUAUGUCCCAGAACCUCUGUAUGUGGCUGGUGGCUGUUUCAUAUAUAGGGGGCUGAAUGAACUCCAUGGUAUUUCUCACUUGUGUAUUGAGUUUAUCUUUCCAAGGGACUGUUGAACUUGAUCAUUUCUUCUGCGAUCUGCCUGCAUUGCUGAAGCUGUCCAGCACUAACAUAACUAUAACUUGCACUCUCCCAUCUGUCUCAUCUGGUUCCAUCCUAUCUGUGACUCUGCUGAUCAUCACAUUCUCUUAUUUCUGCAUCCUCUCAGCCAUCCUGAGGAUUCACUGUGCUCAUGGCAGAAAAAAAGCUUUCUCCACCUGUGCCUCCCAUCUCACUGCUGUCACUUUAUUUUGUGGAACAGUCUCAUUUACUUAUCUGCAGCCUGGUUCCAAUAUUUCAAUGGACCAGGCCAAAACAGUGUCUGUCUUCUUUGUGAUGGUGAUCCCCAUGCUAAAUCCUCUCAUCUACAGCCUGAGAAACAAGGAGGUGAAAGAUGCAGUAGAAAGAAGAAUGAGGAAAACAUUUUGCUAA